AAAAGAGAGAGAUUAAAUAUUUACCUUGAAGUCUUUAUGAUUCAGACGCUGGGAUAAGAUGGAGCCCAUCAUUUUUCUGAGCACCUUUUUGCUUCAUUUUGCUGUUUCUGUGGCUUCAGAACCACAGUAUAUAUUAUGGGUCUCCUCCGUGAUCCAGAGUCAUUCUGCCGAAAAGGCUUGUCUCCACCUUUCAAAUCUCAAUGAAUCUGUAUCCUUGAGUGUCGUCUUAGAAUCUGAUGGCUACAAUACCACUAUUUUUGACCAGUCUGUGAAAGAAGAUAACUUUUAUGCUUGUGCAGAUUUCCAGGUUUCUCAGAAGUCAUCUGAGCAGUUGGCUUUUGUGACAUUGCUGGCUAAGGGAGAGACGCUUAGAAUCUUCGAGAGGAGAUCUGUAGCACUCACUUCAGAGGACACAGUAACUUUUAUGCAAACAGAUAAACCCAUCUACAAACCUGGAGAGAAUGUUCAAAUUCGCAUUGUGACACUGGAUACCAAGUUCAGACCUGUUGAGGAUUUGUAUCCAUUGAUCACACUUCAGGAUCCUCAAAACAAUAGAAUUUUUCAAUGGCAAAAUGUGACCUCUUCUCAAAAUAUCACCCAAAUCUCCUUCCAACUGAUUUCAGAACCAAUGUUUGGAGAUUACUCUGUUUUUGUGAGAAGAAAAUCAGGAAAUACGUUGACACACCAAUUUACUGUUGAUAGAUAUGUGUUGCCCAAGUUUGAAGUUAAGGUCAGUGCACCACAAACAAUAACUAUUUCGGAUGAUGAAUUCCAAGUGAAUGUAUGUGCUAAGUACACGUACGGCCAGCCUGUGCAAGGAAAAGCCCAAAUCCGGGUGUGCAGGGAAUUUUUUUCCUCUGGGAAUUGUGAGAACAAUGAAAUAUGUGAACAGUUUAUUGCACAGUUGAGAAACGGUUGUGACACUCAAACUGUAAACACAAAAGUCUUUCAACUCUACCGUUCAGAAUUUUUCAUGUCAUUUCAUAUCACUGCAACGGUUACGGAAUUUGGGACAGGUGUGCAAAUCAGUGAAAGAGCUUCUACUUUUAUCACUCAAUUGCUUGGGAGUGUGAGCUUUGAGAACAUGGAUCCUUUCUAUAGAAGAGGAAUUUCUUAUUUUGGAACUCUUAAAUUUUCCGGUCCUAAUAAUGUGCCGAUGGCGGACAAGUUAUUGCAAUUGAAGCUCAAUGACAGAAUUAUAGGAAACUACACCACAGAUGAGAAUGGGGAAGCUCCUUUCUCUAUUGACACUUCAGAUAUAUUCGAUCAGGCGUUCAACCUGAAAGCCACAUACCUUCGACCUAUGAGCUGCCAUCCCUCCAGCUGGCUAACACCUGAGUAUGUGGAUGCUCAUUUCUCAGUUUCACGCUUUUACUCCCGAACCAAUAGCUUCCUGAAGAUUGUUCCUGAGCCAAAGCAGCUUAGAUGCAAUCAACAGAAAAUUGUUACCGUGCAUUACUCCCUAAACAGGGAAGCAUAUAGGGAUGAUUCAAGUAUCAACUUUUUUUAUUUGGUGAUGGUGAAAGGAGCUAUCUUCCUCAGUGGACAGAAGGAAAUCAGAAACAAAGCCUGGAAUGACAGCUUCUCAUUCCCGAUCGACAUCAAUGCUGAUCUGGCUCCUGUGGCUGUCAUGCUUGUCUACACCCUUCACCCCAGUGGGGAAAUUGUGGCCGACAGUGCCAGAUUCCAGGUUGACAAGUGCUUUAAAAAUAAGGUUAGCAUAAAGUUCUCUAAGGAGCAGGGGCUACCCGGUUCCAACACCAGUCUCUACCUGCAAACAGCCCCUGACUCAUUCUGUGCGCUCCGGGCUGUGGAUAAGAGUGUCCUUCUGCUGAAAUCAGAACAACAGCUGUCAGCUGAAAGUGUGUACAGAUUGCUUCCAAAUAUAGAACUAUAUGGUUAUUUCCAUCAUGGGCUCAACCUUGAUGAUAGCAAGCUUGACUCUUGCAUUCCUCAAAAGGAUAUGUUUUACAAUGGUUUGUAUUAUGUACCUGUAAGCAAUUAUGGUGAUGGAGACAUCCAUGAUAUUCUCAGGGCUAUGGGUCUGAAAGUCUUUACCAAUCUUCAUUAUCGGAAACCAGAAGUAUGUUCAAUGGAGAGAAGGCUGCCAUUCCCUGGGCCAUUGUACUUAGCCUCAGAAGAAUAUGCACCAAUGUACAGUUAUGCCCCAUCUAGAAUUGUGUCUCACGAAAGCAUGAAGGAGAAUUUUGGCUAUGUAGAACAGGCUAUAAGAGAAACAGUAAGAACAAACUUUCCAGAGACAUGGAUAUGGGACCUCGUCAGUGUCGAUUCCUCAGGCUCGGCAAAUCUGUCCUUCCGCAUCCCUGAUACUAUAACCCAGUGGCAGGCAGAUGGCUUCUGUGUGAAUGGUGAUGCUGGAUUUGGCAUUUCAUCAACAGCUACUCUGGAAAUCUCCCAACCUUUCUUUGUUGAAAUGACCUUGCCCUUUUCAGUUGUUCGAAAUGAACAAUCUGAUCUGAUUGUCAAUGUCUUCAGCUACCUGAACACAUGUGUAGAGAUUUCUGUUCAGCUGGAAGCAUCUCAGGAUUUUGAGGCAAAUACCAGCACCCCUAAAAACAAUGGCAGUGAGGUUAUCCAACCUGGAGAGAGGAAAACAUAUGUCUGGACUCUAUUACCUAAGAUAUUGGGGAAAGUGAAUAUCACUAUAGUUGCUGAGUCCAGACAAAGUAGUGCCUGCCCAAAAGAAGGACCUGAGCAUCAGAAUCUAAACUGGAAAGAUACUGUAGUCAAAAGUCUGUUGGUAGAGCCUGAAGGUAUUGAAAGGGAAAUGACUCAAAGUUUCCUAAUCUGUACAAAAGGGACCAAAGCCUCCAAGCAGGUAGUUUUGGACUUGCCAGAUAGUGUGGUAGAAGGAUCCGCCAGAGCCUUUUUCACUGUUGUGGGGGAUAUUUUAGGACUUGCGAUGCAAAAUCUGGAGAAUCUUCUCCAAAUGCCAUAUGGAUGUGGAGAGCAGAAUAUUGCCCUGCUAGCAUCGGAUACCUAUGUCCUUGACUAUCUGAAAUCUACUAAACAGUUAACGGAAGAAGUUAAAUCUAAGGCUUUCUUUUUCUUGUCUAAUGGUUAUCAAAAGCAGCUGUCUUUCAAAAACUAUGAUGGCUCAUACAGUGUGUUUCGGCAGAGGAAUCAGAAAGGAAGCAUGUGGCUCAGUGCCCUUACUUUUAAGACAUUAGAGAGAAUGAAGGAAUAUGUUUACAUUGAUGAACAAGUUCAAAAAGAGACCUUAAUCUGGCUUUCAAGCAAACAGAAAAUAAAUGGCUGCUUUGAAAGUGAUGGCAAGAUUUUCAACAAUGUCUGGGAGGGUGGAGAAGAAGAGGACAUUUUAUUCACUGCAUAUGUUGUUGGAGCCUUCCUUGAAGCUGGACUCAAUGUCACCUUCCCUGCUCUACGAAAUGGACUCUUUUGCCUAGAGGAGGCCCUGGAAGAUGGUGUCACUAAUGGCUACAUCCAUGCGAUUCUAGCUUAUGCGUUUGCAUUAGCAGAAAGAGAGAAACAAGUGGAAUCCUUACUCCAGAUCCUGGAUCAAUCUGCUACCAAAACAAAUAAUUUAAUAUAUUGGGAAAGAGCAAAUAAACCCAAGACAGAAGCGUCCCCAUCCUUUAUUCCUCAUGCACCAUCUGCUGAGACUGAGAAGACUUGUUAUGUGCUGUUGGCUGUUCUUUCCCAGAAAACUCCUGACCUCACCUAUGCGAGUAAGAUUGUGCAGUGGCUUGCCCAACAGAUGAAUUCCCACGGGGGCUUCUCUUCCACUCAGGAUACUGCUGUCUGUCUUCUUGCCAUAACCCACUACAUGAAGUCCACCUUCUCUAAUGAUCAAAACACUGUCACCUUUAUCAGUGAACAAUCCAAUGAGAUUUUCCAGAUUAACAAUGACAACCGCUUACUGGUCCAGCGUUUGAAACUAACAAAAGCACAUGGACAAUAUACAGUAGAUGUAGAAGGACAAGGCUGUGCAUUUAUCCAGGGUAUCCUGAGAUAUAAUGUACUACUACCUAAAAAAGCAUCUGGAUUUUCCCUUUCCUUGGAAAUGACCAAGAAAAACUCUUCAGAUACAUUCCAGAGUAAUUUUGACCUGACAGUAACCAUCAAGUAUACUGGAAUUCGCAAUAACUCCAAUAUGGUCCUCGUUGAUAUAAAAAUGCUGUCAGGAUUUACGCCAGUCAUGGCAUCCAUUGAGGAGCUUGAAAACAAUGGCCAAGUCAUGAAGACUGAAGUCAAGAAUGACCACGUUCUUUUCUACUUGGAAACUGUUUUGGGUACAGCAAACCACUUUACUUUCUCUGUUGAGCAAACCAACCUUGUGUCUAACAUUCAGCCAGCCCCAGUUAUGGCCUAUGAUUAUUAUGAAAAAGAUGAAUAUGGCCUUGUUUCUUACAACAUCAACAGUGUUUCAGUUUCCCAGUGAGACAGAUAAAGGCCUAGGAAAAGGUGGAAAGCUAUUUACUUUGAACAAACUCAUUCUUCUGUAUCAAACCUGAAAGAAAACCCUGAACCACCUUCCAUACUGAAUAUACAGCAGUCUGCCUCUGACUUCUUAUCAGACUUUAUUUCUUCAUUAUCCCAUAAAAUGCUCUCAUUUCUCA